CUCCCCGCUCCCUCCUGUCUGCCAGGCGAAGCAGAGGCUUGGACACAACUCUGCCCGCGUUCCUCUCCACAGGCUCGUCUGCGUGCGCCGGAGACAUAGCCGAGUUAUCCACUUUGAAUAAACAAGGACUCCGUUCCUCCCUGGUGUCUGCUUUCCAAUGAAUCAGUGAUGAGAGUGGCCGAGAGGAGAGACGGACGCUUCUCUUCUUUGUGGACCGGCGGUGCGCAAAAGUGCGCUCCGUGGCUCAGCAUCAUCUUCAUCCUCCGCUCCUGAGAUCAGCCCAAACCCAAGAGGCGCACUGAUAUCCUCAUCGAAGCCCCCCCGUGCGAGAUGUGCUGUGGACUGCAGAUGAUUUUCCCUCUUCCAGUUCAAAUUCAGUGGCCAACAAAGACUGCAUUUCUUACAGCUCUUGUUAACACUGAGCUCAGAAAGGCAAAUCAGGUCCACAGCUAAACCACUGUCCCCAUAUUUCUGUCUGUUUGCCAACCUCCACUCUUCAGUCCAUCACCAUGACUUGCUUUCUGGCAUCAGCUUUCCUUCUGGUUCUCCAGACAUAUGCCGCCCCACCAGAGUUUGUCCAGGCAGGGUUUGAUAUAUCACUCGACCCCUUGGACCUUGAUCCUGGACUACCAGCUAAUGUCUCAGGAGAUGUAACCUCUUCUCCGCCACCAGGAACUAGCAAACGAGCCCCACAUAGUAUCAUUAUUGGGGUACGCAAAGGAGGCACACGAGCGCUGUUGGAGAUGCUGGACAUACACCCUGAGGUUGCUGCUGCUGCCACCGAGGUGCACUUCUUUGACUGGGAUGAGAACUAUGCCAAGGGCUUUGAGUGGUACCGUGAGUUGAUGCCCUACUCUUACCCACACCAGAUCACAGUCGAGAAAACACCAGGUUACUUCACAUCAGCCCUCGCCCCAGAACGCAUCUGCGCCAUGAACUCUUCCAUAAAGCUGCUGCUGAUCUUACGAGACCCAGCAGAGCGAGUCAUCUCCGACUAUACCCAGGUGUACUUCAACCGGCUGGAGAACCACAAGCCAGUGCAAGCCAUUGAGAACCUACUAGUACGCAAUGGAGCCCUGAAUAUCCGGUACAAGGCCAUUCAGAGGAGCCUGUAUGACGUCCAUAUGCGUAACUGGCUCCGCCACUUCCCGUUGGAACAGAUACACAUAGUGGAUGGAGAUGCUCUGAUCCGUGACCCCCUCCCAGAGCUUCAGAAGGUGGAGCGCUUCCUUAACUUGCCUCCCAGGAUAGUAUCCUCCAAUUUCUACUUCAACCAGACCAAGGGGUUUUACUGUAUCCGAAGUGACGGACGAGAACGCUGUCUGCAUGAGUCUAAGGGACGUCCUCACCCUGCCGUCAACAGCACUGUCCUCCAGCAGCUCCGCUCCUACCUACAGGAACACAACCGAACCUUCUUCAGGCUGGUGAAGCGCACCUUUGAUUGGCAAUAAAAACGAACCCAGAUCACAAACUGGACUCAACUGAGCCACUACCUUUUCUGUGAUGAGGACUUAAAGGGGGGCUAUAAAGCACUUUACAGACAUUUAACAAAAACCCUUUGAAUAGCCUCUUAAUAACUACUGUUGUGAUCUCUGGUUUCAGCAAAGCAGUUCUAUAUUUACAUGAUAAGGCAAAAAAUAUGGGAAACUGUAACUAGAGGCGUAAAAUUAAAUGGAAGAACCUCUAAGCUUAAUAAGUCAUUCUCUCUGUACUGGAAGCGUUUAAGUGGUCAAAUUGCAGUGGAAACAAGUUUAUGAAACUGAUGAACUUUUUUUCCCCUCUCUCUUGUUUGAUAUUCUUGUUCUUGAUAAUAAACUGUUCUGCAUUCAAA